AUGGCACUCAUGGCAGGGAUUUUGUUCACGGCCACUUUUCUUAUUUCUGGGAUUUCUGCAUCUCUUUCUUCGUCACGGAUAUAUCCCCCAAAUGAAGUCACGUUAUUGGACUCCAGAGCUGUACAGGGGGAGCUGGGAUGGGUCUCCAACCCGACAGAAGGAGGGUGGGAGGAAGUGAGUAUUAUGGAUGAAAAGAACAUCCCCAUUCGGACGUACCAGGUGUGCAAUGUCAUGGAACCCAAUCAAAACAACUGGCUCCGCACUGACUGGAUCCCCAGAGGAGGUGCCCAGCGAGUCUACAUUGAGAUUAAGUUCACUCUCCGAGACUGCAAUAGUCUCCCGGGUGUCAUGGGAACCUGCAAGGAAACCUUCAACCUUUACUACUAUGAGUCCAACAACGACAAAGAGCGCUACAUCCGAGAGAACCAGUUCGGCAAGAUUGAUACCAUCGCCGCAGAUGAGAGCUUCACUCAGGUGGACAUUGGCGAUCGUAUCAUGAAGUUGAAUACAGAAGUCCGGGAUGUGGGAGCCCUGACCCGCAAGGGUUUCUAUUUGGCUUUCCAGGAUGUUGGGGCGUGCAUUGCACUUGUUUCUGUCAGGGUCUUCUAUAAGAAAUGUCCUUUAGCCGUGCGUAAUUUGGCCCAGUUUCCAGAUACUAUCACUGGAGCUGAUACUUCUUCGCUUGUGGAAGUUCGUGGUUCAUGCGUGGAUAACUCAGAGGAGAAGGAGGUGCCCAAGAUGUACUGCGGGGCAGACGGCGAGUGGUUGGUGCCCAUUGGGAACUGUCUGUGCAACCCUGGAUACGAGGAGCGCAAUUCAGAAUGUCAAGCUUGUAAGAUUGGUUACUACCGUGCUCUGGCCACCGAUGGCGCCUGUUCCAAGUGUCCUCUUCACAGUUACUCUGUCAGAGAAGGCUCCACCUCCUGUGCCUGCGACAAGGGAUACUUCCGCUCCGAAACGGACCCGGCAUCCAUGCCCUGCACCCGCCCUCCGUCGGCGCCUGUGCAUCUCAUCUCCAAUGUGAACGAAACCUCCGUAAACCUGGAGUGGAGCCCACCCCGGAGCUCUGGGGGUCGCCAGGACUUGACAUACAAUGUAGUGUGUAAGCGCUGCGGUUCUGACGGCCGGCGCUGUCAACCCUGCGGAAAUGGAAUCCACUUCAGCCCACAGCAGCUGAGCCUGAAGGGAACCAGGGUGUCCAUCAACGAGCUACAGGCCCACACCAACUACACCUUUGAGGUGUGGGCGGUGAAUGGAGUCUCACCUCAGAGCCCAGGGCCUGAGCAGGCCACGUCAGUGACCGUCACCACCAACCAGGCCGCUCCCUCUCCAGUGACUUCCAUCCAGGCCAAGGAUAUCACAAGACACACCAUUUCCCUGGCCUGGCAGCCGCCGGAAAAAGCCAACGGGGUCAUUCUGGAGUAUGAGGUCAAGUACUACGAGAAGGACCAGAAUGAAAGAAGCUACCGCAUCAUAAAAACCUCAUCAAGGAGCACCGACAUCAAGGGCCUCACCCCCCUCACCUCCUAUGUUUUCCAUGUGCGGGCUCGCACAGCGGCCGGCUACGGAGAUUUCAGCGGCCCGUUUGAGUUCAUGACCAACUCGGUCCCAGCUCCCAUUAUCGGCGACGGGGCCAACUCCACGGUGUUGCUGGUGUCAGUGGUGGGCAGCGUGGUUCUGCUCAUCAUCCUCAUCAGUGCUUUCGUCAUCAGCCGACGAAGGAGUAAAUACAGCAAAGCCAAGCAGGACUCUGAUGAAGAGAAGCACUUACAUCAAGGAGUGAGAAUAUAUGUUGACCCCUUUACCUAUGAGGACCCCAACCAGGCCGUCCGUGAGUUCGCCAAAGAGAUCGAUGCCUCCUGUAUCAAGAUUGAGAAAGUGAUUGGCAUUGGGGAAUUUGGAGAGGUCUGCAGUGGACGCCUGAAGAUGCCCGGCAAGAGGGAGAUCUGCGUGGCCAUAAAGACUCUGAAGGCUGGCUAUACGGACAAGCAGAGGAGGGACUUCCUGUCCGAGGCCAGCAUCAUGGGCCAGUUCGACCACCCCAACAUCAUUCACCUGGAGGGCGUGGUCACCAAAUGUAAACCGGUGAUGAUUAUCACAGAGUACAUGGAAAAUGGAUCCCUGGAUGCGUUCCUGAGGAAGAACGACGGUCGGUUCACUGUCAUCCAGCUGGUCGGCAUUCUGCGUGGCAUCGCUUCCGGCAUGAAGUACCUGUCAGACAUGAGCUACGUCCACCGUGACCUGGCCGCUCGCAACAUCCUGGUUAACAGCAACCUGGUGUGCAAGGUGUCCGACUUCGGCAUGUCCCGAGUCCUGGAGGACGACCCCGAGGCCGCAUACACUACCAGGGGAGGAAAGAUCCCCAUCCGCUGGACGGCCCCGGAGGCCAUCGCUUAUAGGAAGUUCACCUCGGCCAGUGACGUGUGGAGCUACGGCAUCGUCAUGUGGGAGGUGAUGUCAUACGGCGAGCGGCCAUACUGGGACAUGAGCAACCAAGAUGUGAUCAAGGCCAUUGAUGAGGGCUAUCGACUGCCCCCGCCCAUGGACUGCCCCGUGGCACUCCACCAACUCAUGCUAGACUGCUGGCAGAGAGAGAGGGCCGACCGGCCAAAGUUUGGGCAAAUAGUCAACAUGUUGGACAAACUGAUCCGCAACCCCAACACCCUGAAGAGGACCGGGGGAGAGACCGCCGUCAGGCCCACUACCACCCUGCUUGAGCCAGGGAGUCCCGAGGUGUCCGCGGCUGUGGGCACAGUGGAGGACUGGCUGCAGGCCAUCGGCAUGGAGAGAUACUGCGACAACUUCACGGCCGCUGGCUACACAACUCCAGAGGCUGUGGUCCACAUGACGCAAGAGGACAUGGCGCGCAUAGGCAUCUCCUCCGCAGCGCACCAGAACAAGAUCCUGACCAGUGUCCAGGGAAUGCUAUCCCAAAUGCAACAGAUGCAAGGCAGAAUGGUUCCCGUCUGAGAAGAUUAAAACAAAGAAAAAAGGAAGCAAAACGACUUUGUUUCUUAUGAAAAAAAAAAACAAAUAACAAAAAAAGAUUAAAUAUUAAAAAAAAGAGACAAAUCAACUAUGAAGAAAUAGUUUACCUCAUCCAUGCACUUUAAAUUGGAUCUAAAAGAAAAGAAGACAUUGAUGAAGAAGAGAAAAAGUGUUGCAAAUGGCACCUUUUUUUCAAAAAUCAUACCUUUACCUUGCCCUUUUAGUUGUUUUUGGAGAAUGGGACACUUCUAUCUGCAGCAUUUAUGGAUAGAUGGAGGGGACGGCUGGAAAAGUGCUUCCGAGAGGCCAAUCUGGAGUGCCUUUAAUGGUCUGGAAUGAAAAGCGGGGGAGGGGGAUCGUACCUUUUCUUCCUCCUUUUGCAGAGAGUGUUAUUUCUGGAACUUUCUCUCUGGAAUAAUCCACAGAGGAUUU